UGAAGCCUUUUCGGAACGAGUUGCGGAAUCGGUCUCCUCAAAACAUCAUCAUCAUCAUCUCUGCCUCCAUUAAUCCUCCACGAAGCAUUAUAGUUUCGAGGAUCGCUUUCACAUCAAUGGACUCGUCCCCAAAAAGUCCAACCCAACAUUCUCUUUAAAUUCUCAUAACCCGAAUCACAAUCGAAACCUGAACCAGAACCCAUUCUUCUUCAAUGGCGGAACCACCGGACCCGGCUUCCGAGGCACUAGCUGAAACCAGACCCCAAAUGGGCUCCGAUUCUGACCCAUUUGGGCUCGGACCCACCGGAAGUGGCGCUUCGACUCCGGCGCCCGGGAUUCGGCGGGUGAAUUUCAGGGCUGUAAUUGACACUAAUCCGCCAUUCGGGUCAGUCAAAGAGGCCGUGACCCGGUUCGGUGGAAGCGGUCCAUGGAUACCCUUUUGCAAGCAGGGGAUAGAGGAGUUUGAUAUUAAGAGAAUGGAAGAACAGACAGCUGAGUUGGAGAAGGAUCUGAUAGUUAAAGAAUUGGAAACACUUGAUGUAUUGGAAGAACUUGGUGCAACAAAGAGAAUGGUGGAGGAUUUAAAAAGGCAGCUGCGAACCGAAGCAUUGAAAUGCUUUCCAGCCCCAAAUUUCCAUUCAGGGGAACAGAUUUCAAGUCCUAAUGUCAAAGAAAUUGAGGAAAGUUUUGGUGAUCUCAUUAACAAUCACGAGCAUGUGUUUGGAGAUUCAUGCCCUUCACCUGAUAUGAUCUUAAUGGAGUUGAAACAAGCAAAAAUGAACCUUGGGAAGACUAUAAAUGAUCUGGGUGUCAUUCAAACUUCUGUUGAAUCUCUUAAUAGGAAAAUGAAGAGGGAGAAGAGCUUGCUGGCUAAGAGACGAGAUGAGGUCGGGCUAAAGCCGAAGUUUUCGGGUCGAUCAACAUUGGACGAGGAGGAGCUCAACCCAAUUCAAGUCAAGUCCCAAGUGACUAACGAUGUUGAAUUCAAAGAUGUGUCUGAGAAUUCAUUGAGGGAACCUCCUGAGUUGAGUCCAAAGGGUGGAGAACUCAAGAACACAAAUGAGCACAAAAGGGCUAGUUUGAGGGCUGCAGAGUUGAGGUUGGUUGCAGCCAGAAAGAUGGAGGAAGCUGCAAGAGCAGCAGAGGCAGUGGCUCUAGCUGAAGUUGAAGCUCUAAGUAGCAUUGAUGGUUCAGCUGGGUUUUCCUUGCAAGACCCAGAGACAGUGGCAUUUAACUUCAAACAGCAAUCUUUCUUGAAACCGGGAGAGUAUCGAUUCGACGAGGCGAAUUCUUCAAAAUCGUCCAUCGAAAAGAAGUUGAAGGAAGCAAAAGAAGAGCUUAAUCUAGGUAAGAAAGCUUUGGAGGAAGCUCUAAACAGAGUUGAACUUGCAAAUAGCAAGCAAGUAGUAGCUGAAGAGAGUCUAAGAAGAUGGGUACCAGAACAUCAUAAGGGGCCUGCCAUUUACUACCCGAGUGGCCUCAACAAUUUCCACCCUCAAGGCUCUCCACUGCACAGCAUGAGUAGGGCAGAUGGUGUAGGAAAUAAGGACUCAAAACCUGUUCUAAGAUCGACCAUUUCCAUGCGAGAUGUGCUAAGCAGGAAGCAAGGUUUAUCUGGAGACAAAAGGGAUAGGCAGUCUGAGAAGCAGAAGGUUGGGUUGAGUCAAAUGCUCCAUCUGCAUGCACUAAGAGAGGAUCUAAGAUUUGGCUCAAGAACAGAGAAUGAAAGAGAUGAGCAAAAGAAUGUGCCAACGGAAAGAAAGAGGUUUGGGUUCAUCCACAUAGCUCUCCCCAUGAAGAAACAGAGCAAGAAAAAGGCACAAUCAUGAACAAUCUAACAUAUUUAUUCAUUCAUUAGUGGGUAUCGGUUCUGAGUGAUGUGUUGUUGUAAUAACACAUUUGUGAUAUUCAAUAAGUUCCAGCGAUCUUCAUCACUGGUUGUUUAAUGUCUAGGUUUGAGGCUUUGUAGAGUGAUUGGUUGAUGCUUAAAUUUCUUGGUCGGUGAGUAUAAUGUGUGCUAGACGAUUGAUGUUG